GUGCACAUUGCUUGGGACAUUAGCCAUAUCGGAUCGUUUCGAUAUGUCUACCAUGAGUGCAUCCGACCUUUUGAAUACAUUGCAGACGGUCGAGUUAGAUCAGUAUUACAGCAAUUUCUCCUGUUUUGGGAUCAACAAUGUAGAUUCUCUCCUCCAAUUGACUAUGCAGGACUAUGCCAUUGUGGGUGUUCAUAGCAUGGAAGACAGGAAAAAACUGUUUCAGCUCAUUCAGACUCUAAAAAGUGAGCCCCAGUCACGUAGCGGCGAUAUCAGAGGCACCAGCGCGCUUCAGACUCUCAAGUCAGAAUUCGGCUCGACCGGUUCCCUUCUGCCCAAAGUCGCUAGCGUACAGUCAUCGACAGUACAGUAUCAACCCGUGUCAACGAGAGCAGAAGCUCCAAGCGAGAGCGGUGUCCGACGACGAGCUAGUUUUGGAAAAUUGCGACCACCUUCUUCAUUUACGGGAGGAUCCGCACCAGUUUCCUCGACAGAAAGUCUGACUGAUGAUGGACCCAACUUGUCGGGAAGGUUCGGAUACAGUGACGAGGCGCCACGAACCCCGAAAGUUGUGAAGCGUCCCACCAAUACGUUGAAUGCUUACGGAAUACCAAUAAACUCUGGUGGACUAAGUACUGCGCGAAGUUCGUCGCUGUCAAGUUUGAACGACCGUAUCCGUGUCUGUGUGCGAAAGCGUCCUCUCAACAAGAAGGAGCAGAAGAGAAACGAAAUUGAUAUUGCUGCGGUUAACGGGAGGCGAACGAUCUCCAUUAACGAGCCCAAAGUCAAGGUUGAUUUGACGAAAUAUGUGGAGCAACACGAGUUUAUUUUUGAUGAGGCAUUCGAUGCAGAUGCAACCAACGAUGAUGUUUACAAGCGCACGGCAUUCCCACUUGUCGAGUACAUUUUUACCGGGGGGAAGGCCACAUGCUUUGCAUACGGUCAAACUGGUAGUGGAAAGACAUUCACGAUGUUAGAUGAGAAGGACGGACUUUAUGUUAAGGCUGGAAGGGACGUGUUUGCCACUCUCAAACAGCCGCAGUAUGCCCAUCUUGCAGCAUGGGGCAGCUUCUAUGAGAUAUAUCAAGGUCACUUGUACGAUUUACUCAACGCUCGGAAGCGCCUAUAUGCGCGUGAAGACGGGAAGCAACAAGUUUGCAUCGCCGGGUUAACGGAGCAUGAAGUUAGCGACGUUGACCAGCUGAUGCAAAUUUUUGAGUAUGGAAACAAUGCUAGGAGCACAGGGGCCACUGGCGCAAACGCCGACUCAUCUCGGUCGCAUGCCAUUUUUCAAAUCGUUUUAAAACAUAAAAACAAGAAGAAGAUCGAAGGAAAACUAAGCUUCAUCGACCUUGCGGGCAGUGAGCGGGGAGCAGAUCGUGGCGACGCUGAUACCAAAACAAGAAUGGAAGGAUCCGAAAUCAAUAAAAGUCUGUUGGCUUUGAAAGAAUGCAUCCGAGCUUUGGACCAAGACUCGAAGCACACCCCUUUCCGUCAAAGUAAAUUGACUCAGGUGCUGAAAGACUCUUUCAUUGGAAACUCGCGCACAUGCAUGAUUGCGACCAUCUCUCCAAAUAUUUCCAACAGUGAACAUACUCUCAAUACUCUACGAUACGCAGACCGGGUGAAGGAGCUGAAGGGUGACAGCCAAAUCAGUGAUGGAGAAGACCCCCAGGAGGAACACGUGGAAUCCGAAACUGAGCCGCUAUUGAGUGAUACCGACGAAGGAUUCAUCAUGGAUGAAGAAAUACCCGAUCAAUUGAUGAGCGAUGACCAUGAUGACCACCUGUUUGAUGAUGCGGAUGAUGAGUCUGCAGGGUCCGAUAAUCCGCCUCCUCCUCAGCAGGAGGCCAAACCGGAAACAACACAUAAGAGCAAGUCAUCCUCAGUCACGUCAAAGCCGCCUCUAGUACCAAGGACGAAGCACGUUGCCCCGCCUCGUUCCACAUCGUUCAAAGCAAGUGAAGAGGUUUCACCUGUAAAAAGUGUCAGUGACGUAACACAGGCGGAACCUACUCCGCUUGCCUCCGAGGCGGAAAUCAUGGAGGACUUUAUUCGGUUGCAUCGACAGCAUAUCCGAGAAAUAACGGAAGUCAACCGGGUAGAGAGCAAAUUACUCGUCAAUCUGACGAUGAGGAUGGGGAAGCAAGUUGGUGGCGAGCAAUUAGGCAGUGUCUCGUUUGAUUCAUACGUAAAAGAGCUAGACGCACUGAUGGAGAGGAAAUUGGAGACGGUGCUGGAGGUGCGUAACCGGGUAAAGCAAAUCGUGGCGGGACGACAGCUGGGAUAGAUUCAAAGAUAAAUUCAUCUCUCCGUGGGGUGAUGGAGUACCCUCAAAAAUCACCUCGUUUUCAGUGUAAACCAUUUUGUUUGUGGGACAUGAAAUAAGUUAGAAUUUUGAACAAGUUUUUCAAGCGCUUAUAUACA